AUGUACCCUCUGCUCAUCGCCUUUGUGGCGAUGUUCGGCAUCCUGGCGUGGGUGUACGAGGCGGACGAGACGCGCAACCCCAAGAUCCCCGAGAAGGGCCCCGAGGGCCCCGGCGGCGUGGAGCUGGAAUGGCGUUCGCAGCUGCUCGGCUACAUCAGCGCGAUUCUCUACUUUGCCUCUCGCGUGCCCCAGAUCAGCCACAACUACAAGACACGCUGCGAGGGCCUGUCGCUCGCCAUGUUCUUCUUCUCCAUCUCGGGCAACGUGACGUACAUUGCGAGCAUCCUCUUCAAGUCGCUCGAGUGGAAGUACCUCGUCACGAACGCGUCGUGGAUUGCCGGCUCCGUCGUCACCAUCUUCCUCGACUUUAUCAUUCUGGGCCAGUUUGGAUACUUUUCCUGGCAGGACAAGCAGGCCGCGCGCGCCGCCGUCUUCAUCGACGAGGAACUCGACGCGGAGAGCGUCUAG